AUGAGCGCCGACGAAAACGGAGACACCCCAAUGAUGCCGGCGACGAACGGUGAGCCUCACCCCGACUCCUCGGCGACCGCGAUCCCAGGGAAAAGAAAGCGGUCUGCUCAAGAGGAGAACUCGGGUGUCGACUCCAACACAUCCACCACAUCGCGUGAGAGAGCAACUCUUCACGAGAAUCUACGAAGCCUCGUGGGCCUCCUGAUCAAACAUGACACUGAGCUUCAGCUCCUAUCCUGCCCCUUCCCCACGUCCGGAACGAAGCCGCGCACGAAGCGCGCCAAAACCUCGAGUGAUCAAGAGACCACCAACGUACAAAUUCGCGUCGAGUCUGGCCGGUAUACCACGUUACAAGAGUUUCUUGGCGACAUCGAAAAGGCAUCCGCGGCCGUGAUCGAGCGCAACCAGAACCAGCCAAAUGGCACCAAGGCUGAUGGCACACCUUUGACGGAGGUGGUAAACCGCAUCGCAGCCUUCAAGAAGCACAUGAAUAGCAUCGUUGGUCAAUCCUUCGUCAAUCAAACCGAGGUCAAGGCCGAAGCCUCAGAAGACGAGGCCGACCAGUCAGCAGAAGCUCUGGCAUCCAUUCCCGGUGUUCGCGAGGACCGACAAGCCUUGACUUUCUUCGGUGCGAACCCUUCAAACCAAGGACACCCGAAGCAGUUGUUCUCGAGUCUGCAAAAAUCGGUCAAGGUGCCAUUGCAGUCCUCUGAAUCCGAGACGGAACAAUUCGUUGAAGUUCAGGAGCCACUUCGCGAGACCGCCCUUCCUGCCGGCAUCACAUCCACCAAGGUGGUUCCAUACAAUCUCAAUGUCACCAGGCCACAAAAGAGAACAUUCGGUGAAGUUUUUGCCCCCCGCUCGGGUCUGCCACAAAUGCAGCCCCCGCGCACACGAACCCAUCGAAGCUCCUCAGCAUCGUGGAUCGAUCCCUUCGACGCGGUCUUUGAUACGAAGCAUUUCUUGGGCGAUCGCAAUAGCUACUGCCUGACACCCCUACCGGCUAGUCAGUGGCUGCAGUAUGGCGGCGUAACGUCAUCACCCUCAUACUGGUCCCGUGUGGAGAAGCAACACGCCGAGGUAGACAAUGGCCCGAAACACGGCGAUCCUGCACUUUGGACCGGUGAUGACCCUUCUUUGCUGCAAGGUGUCUUUUCGUCAUUUGCCCCGUCGUAUGACAGCUCGGGAGCUGUCCUGCAAGUUGAUACCAAGGACUUGGUGUGGUGGGGAAAGCAAGGCGCGAAGCGCUUGCGGGCUCUGCUCACUCUAUCAGAUGAAGAGGUUGAAACACCAGUGGUACAGCCGGGCAGUAUCGGUGAUCUCGAUGAGAGCACCCUUGAUGAAAUGGUGAAACAGUUCAACCCCGAAGACUUCGCUUAUGACCCCACUCAAGACGACCCCAGCAAAGAGGAUCCUGAAUCCCGAGAGGUUGAGGAGUUGCUUGGCGAAAUUUCUGAUCUGCUGGACACUCUGAGCUCGUAUCAGAAGAUUCGUAAUCUUCAACUUCCCCCUUCGGGAGGCGAGACCUCGGAAUCGAACGAACCCGCUGUUCCCAUGUUCGGCACUGCCGAAACCCCCUCCGACGCCGAGCAAGCUGUCUACGAAACCCUCAGGGCGAGUCUUUUCGCCAUCAUCAACAAUCUCCCUCCAUUUGCGGUUGCGAAGCUCGACGGCGAUCAACUCGCAGAGCUCAACAUCAGCCAAAAGAUUCUCGUCGAGAAUCCGGAUUACACCGGCACCAUGGAGAAGGAUGACUAUACGCUCCAUCAAGAUCGUGCCGCAGCAAUCGCCGCCGCCGCCGCCACGAGUGCUGCUGCCACUACAUCGAAUGCUAUGAACCGUACCUCGACGCCUUCUGGGGCUCGUGCUGGAUACCAACAAACCCCCCAAACGGCAUACAACCAACGUGCUGUCCCACCUAAUCCUCAAAUGUCGCAGCCCCGGCCUGGAUUCCAGGUCCCACAACAAGCUAGACAGCCAUCCGCGGGAGGCUCAUUUACACCUAAUUACACAGCUCGUCCCCCAAGCACCCCUGGGCAACGGCCUGGCUACAUGCCUCAGCAGCUCUCACAACAAGCGAACCCACAACACGGCCAAGUGAGCAACACGCCACAGUUCCAGCGGCCGCCAUCCAAUGGAUACGCGCAAUCUCCACAGCAGUACACUCCGCGACCUGGGCAACCGGCUGCUUACAAUGCCACGCCUCAAGGUCGCACACCUUACGCCAACGCGGGCACUCCUCAGCCAUACCAAAACGCGAACCUCACGCAGUCACAGGCUGCGUACUCGAAUUCAGCUGCCGCCGCAAUUUAUGCGCGCAGCGCCGCUGAGAAGCAGCAAGCUGCAAAGGCUCAGCUUGCCACCCAGCAACGGCAAAGCCCGUCAACCCCACAACCUCAUGGUCUUGAUGCUCGCUCAUCCCACGAGGGUAGCCUUACUCCUGGCAAGCAGAACGGCACCCCCGUUCAAACACCACAGGCAAGCUAA